AUGGCAGAGAGGCAACGGACCAAAGAACAGGAGGAGAUAAGGCAUUACUGUGAGACGCAUCAGCUUCCGCAACUUUUGGCGUUGCUGCUGAAUCGUCUCGCCCAAAAGAAAGACCCCCAUCCCAAGCUUUUCUCCGUAAAAUACUUUGCAGAUCGCGUGUCGGACUCGGAUCUCGGCACGAUCGGCCUGUAUCGGUCAGCGCCCACAGGCCAGAAUGCGUCGUGUCCAGCGACGGGGGCAAAAGACUUGAUAGAUGGAGAUGAUGUUCCGUUUCAGAACCCGUACCACGCAGAUAAGCGUUCGUGGAUGAGAAACCACAUUGCGCCUGACGCCUGGCUUCAGCUUGGAGAAUUGCGCACGCCGAAGGGGCUCUCAGCUGUGCAGUGUCUCUUGCUAGACGACGAGGACGACCGAGAUGGGAACGAGUUUGGGAUAGAUGCCAGUCCGGGUAUCAUUGCGCUGAGCAUGGAGUGCUACGAUUCAUUUCACUUGCUGUUCUCUGAAUUCCUUCGCUUCUCCGACGCCACGCUGAUGACGAAAAGUCUGUUCGUGCUUGUGGAGAUGUGCCGGGGCACGGACCUCUUGCGCCGUCGAGGCCAAGUGUUUCGAGCGCUGCUAAGUGAGGGAAUGCUCGCUUCGCAAGGCGCCUAUCUGGACGGGACGAACCCUCACAGAGCUACAGCUCUCUGGAUGUCUCCCAACAAGAAAGUUAUUGUGCAAGUCAACUGGAAAAACCACCUCAGGGUUGAGGUGAAGAUAUCAAACCCCUUCGAUGCAAGCGAAAUCGUCCAAGGCUUCCAGAGUGCGUACUCUCUAUUGAAUUGCAUGAAGGGCUUGGUACCAGUUUCCUUGAAUACGUUAGAGGCAAGCGACGAAGUGUACACGUUGGGAGCUCUUACGCAACUUGUAACUGGAUUUCUUGAGGGCCUGAAACUGCGGUUGCCAAGGCCACAGGUGGACCCGUCCGCCGGCGGUCCCCACGGAGUGACGCGGUUCAUGCAGCCGAUCGACCUCGCCCGCAGUUCCCACGCGUUCACCAAGUUGCCACAGCUCCUUAGCAAGAGAAGUGACCGCAAGCUGCUUGAAAAAGAAGAAGGAGACAAACGGACGGAAGGAGCUCUCGACAGGGCCUCGGGCCUACAGGCCCUGUCGUGUCCAGAAGGCCUCGACUGGUGGCACGGGAAGCCAAGCUGCGGCUUCGCGUGCACAGAUGACCUCAGAGACUACUGCAACAUGAGUCCUACGCUAACGACUGUCGUGGAAAGAUUUCACACUACCCAACCGUCUGCAUGGAAGACGGCUGCAGAGAGCUUCUACCUGAAACCUGACGCGAACAGCAUAGGCGGCCUCGCACCUCUACCCUCUUUCCAGCAGUUUUUGGGAGACUUUGAGAAGAAGGGUCGUACCACCGUGAACAGUGCAGCCGUCAAGCUCGUCGUCUGCUCUCUCCGGCGGAAUCUGUCUUUCUACAAGGCCCCGAUUCACGCCACAGAGGAGGAACUCGCAAUGACUCAAGACGCCAUUUUGGACGCGAUUGCAGGCAUGGGGCCCAAUAUAGGAAAUGGAGGGACUGCAAGCGCUUCAGGUGGACCGGUAGAUGUUCUCCGACACUACGCCACCUGCAAAAAUCCGACGAGCAGAAGCUGCAGUGGCAUGGACGGGUUUCUUCACGACGUUGGCUUGGGCUUGGACUUUUCAAACUUCGAGAAGGCUAUCGGCCUCUCCACGCGAAUGAGCCGCGGAAGAGGAGUGUACAUUCCACCUUGCUCGACAUGGCUCAUAGCGUUACAGUUCGCCGAUCACAUCUACAUUCAGACACACGACGGGAAAGGCAACAUUGCCAUGGUCUGGGUCAUGUCGACGGUCUCGUUGGGCGUGACCGAGUUGCAGCAACUCGAAGCCUUCAUCAAGAGCGUCGACGCCAUUCUGGAGCUGGAGGAAAGCAAAGCGGGCUCACUCGGUGCGACGCCGCCUCGAGCUCUCGCUGAAGAAGGUGAAGUCGUUCUUCCUCCCCUCCCUGAGAAAAAGGCCGCCAGCCAAGGGCCAACUGAUUCACCCCGACCCAAAGUCGCGCCGAAAAAGGACAUCGCCACGGCGGCAGGUCAGGCGCAGUGGAGAGAUAUACGGACCGCGUUUGGAGGAAGCUCGCAGCACUGUGUCCACAUUGGCAAGGCGUAUAGGUUUCCAGGUGACAUUGCAGCAACAGAUACUGACGCCUUUGUGAAAUUUCGUGGUCUCUUCGAAGAGGUGAUGGGGAAACCUCAGAAUUCGAUGGACGUCUUACUCAGUGCUGCAUCGUCUUCACGGGCUUUGUUGGAAGUCUUUGAUAUGUUCCAAAUCGCGGCUCUACUCGACGGUCUGCGGAAAGCUGUUUCUUUAUCAUGCAUUCAAGUCAGCAACCUGUGCUUCAUUACCUGCCGCAACUUCGCCUCCGUUCCUUUCUUGCCUUUCCUGGUGGCAUCGCCGAGCUUCACGCGAUACAAUAACCGAGGGCUGCUGCAUCUGGCAGAAGUGGAAAAGGCUGUAAUUGCGAGAUUGACAAGUAGCCAAGAUCGAGAUGACCCUCUUCCCCUGGUUGGCCAGCGGUAUAUUCCGGUCUCCAGUCUCACUGCACAGCAGCAGACGAUUCUAAGAACCCGAUUCUUCGUCGAUCUGCCCGAUAAGAAGAUGAACGCGGAGAAAGAUGUCCUCGACAGCGCCUACGAAUCCUUCAACUUCUGGCCGAGGCACAGAGGCGUUAUUUUCUCAGCGGAUCAGACCAUGGUGUGCCUCGUGAACUUUUGUGAUCACGUCACCAUCCUCGCCACAUGUGACGACCAGGAACAACUCUGCAACGGUAUGACGAUGCUUCGAGCGCUUCAAAGCAUUCAGGCCACCUUGGCCGUGCUGGAAGAUAGAGACGCCCCUGACGGCUUGGCCAUCGCCCGACGGGCUGACAUUGGCGGCUACGCGGGGCCCAAUCUGAAGAAGAGUGUGUGCCUGGCGACUUCCAUCGCAGCCCAACUCAGUGUAACGGGAUUAAAGGCGGAAAGUGACAGUCGAGCGACAGCAUGGGCCACAGAUUACCGGGAUCGACUGGAAAUUAUAAGCGACUGGACGCCACGUGACGCUCCCGCCAUUCCCGCCACAGCAUCAACCCAAAAAGAGAUGCCACAGCAUUCUGUAGUGGUCUCGAAGAUGAUCGCCUUUGAUCACGAGGUGGAGCUGCUGGAGUCCUUCUUGAAAAUCCUCACGUGA